CAUGAAAAUAACAAGGCUUCAAAUAUGUGAGUAUAUCGACUGAAAGUUAAUGUUUUCAUUUGGUCAAAGAAUACUGAUUAUAUUUUUGGUUUAAUCUUUGUCAUUGGUUGAAAGUAUAUUUAAUGGUGAAAUUUAUAUUGUGACUUUAUGAUUUCCAUAGACCUACUCAUAUGGUGUCAAGCUGCAGAGACUGUUGAUCAAUUGACUGAUUUGGGACAAAAUGUGAAUAUAAACUGUGAUCUGGAUGAAGAAGAGAUUUAUUGGUUAUUACUGAAAGUACCAGAUCCUCCUGUGAUGAUAUUAUGCACUUUGCCCACAACAUUUAUUCUUUUCAACAAAGGAUUUAGACAGAAAUAUUCAGUUGAAUCUAAAACUCAUCUGUUUAUAAAUAACAUCACUGUUAAUGAAUUAGGAGUUUAUUAUUGUAUGAAGAAAGAUGGACCUCCAAAAUUCAGCAAUGGCACCAGACUGCAGAUAAAUGAGACAACAGAAAAUCCAAAUGAAGAGAUCAGAUAUAAACAUCAGAAUCAUACAGAAGUGAAAUAUAUUCAACAGAAUCAGACACUAUGGCAGACUCUUACUCUCAUACUUGGUCUGCUGAAUGGUGUUUUAUUCAUUGUGGUCAUAGGACUAUUAAAGGCUUUUAUUGAUGGGAAUAAAACAAUUGAAGAAGGUUUUAUAAAACUCCCCAACACUUAUCUACAGCAGGUGACCUACAGAAGCUUUUCUAAUCUCAAACCAGCUAAAGUGACUUUUGAUAGCUGCAUAGAGUCUUGUUCCAGGAAAUCCAAUCACAACUGUGCUGCUUCAAAGCUGCCAACAUAAUCUGUACAACAAACCUGAAAUACAUAUCUCACAGUGUACAGAAUUGUGUAUGAUGAAUUAUGUUACCUUACCAAUUUAGUGAUAUUGACUGUGAUGUUUUUGAUGUAAUGAUGUUUUUAUUCUGUAAAUUAUAUUGAUAGCACAUGAUAGUCUCAGGCUGUUGGCAACAAUUAGUUGUAGUUCACAAGUUAUAUUCACAUCCACUCAAAUUUCCACAAAAAGCUAUCAAAUGGGGAAAUUCUAUGAGCAAAUGUUUGGUAAAUACCAUAUAGAUUUGAUUGGUCAAACUGUAAUAAAACGAGUAUUAUCUCACUUUACCAAGCUAUAGCUUGACCCAAAGGAACGUUAAAUGAUAAAAGCGUCAGUCAUACACUAA